AUGGCGCUGUCUUUGCCUCCGAACGAGGCUCGCAACCAAGGCUCGCAGAAUUGCGAAGACCAAGAGGAUGGCUUUGAGGAAAGAUUGAGUAACAUGUACGAUGCAUUUCAGGCCAAGGUGGACACAUUGAUGCGUUACACCGAUGAAGUUCUGGAAGUGUGUGCCGCCUCCCUCGCUGCGUCCAACAUCCGUCACACACCAAUCACGAAGCGGAUCAAGUCUUGGGAGUCAGCCAAAGGCAGUAUCCGCCGACAGCACCAUGAGAUGGUCUUAUGGCGGCGUUUGCGCGCCGCCGUCGAAGCCAAGGGCCGUCGGUGGGAAGAAUACUGUCGAGAGAUAGGCCUGCAGACGCCACAGAACGAGAUGAUGGCUCUGCAGACGCCCGCCGACAUGUUCGCCGCACUGCAGGACUUCGGCGGGUUGCGGGUCUCUCUUUACUUCCCGGGAGACGUGGAGCGGGUCGCUUCCAUCUUACAAGAUCGUGUCCAGGUCGUCAAAAUGGCAAACAAGCGUCAAGGCUCCGGGGAGAGAUCAAGGCGAUUGCAAGAGCUCAUUGACUACCUCCAGACCCCAGAGUCUGUGAACAAUCAUGUCCAUCGGCCUGCUCAGGUCAAUGACCCAUUGCAACGAGGGUUUGCGAGGACCUUCUCGGGCUACAAAGCGACUCACUUUACUGUCAAGCUGCGCGAGGAGGAUAUACCCGACGAUCGGAGAUAUGCAUGGAAAGACGUUGUGGUCGAGAUUCAGGUGGGAACGCUCGUGAUGCAUGUGUGGUCGGAGAUCGAACAUGACAUGAUCUAUAAGCCGGUUGAGUCGCAGGGAGAAGGAAUAUCCGACGACGAGGAGCGUCUGCUGGAUCUUAUCAAUGGCAUUGUGUUGACCGGAGAGGCUGCGCUGCAGCAGUUGGAGGCCAGCACAGCCAAGCGGCUGAACCGGCGCGCCGCGAACAAAGACACAAUGGCGAGCAGCUACUUCGAACUCGCCACAUGGAUCGAGAAAGACUGUCAGCUGCUGGGGAUGCCGAUCGGGGGUGGUGAGUGGCGGUUGUUAGACCGGCUCUAUGCCAUACUGAAGGCCAUGGAUAAGCACAAGCACUCCCAGGUGACGGAACUUCUCGAGGCGGUCGCGAGUCAGCACAGCCACACCCGCCAGACGCUACCAAUGGCCAUGCUCAGGGCACUAUGCCGGAGGUCGCCAUUGUACCGGCUCAAGUGGCCCACAAUUGAUGGCUCCACCGUCAUGGCAUUAGCUCAGAACGCCAGGCUUUGGGCAAUUCGCCUCGUACACAGUCUGAAUUGGGCUAUAUAUCUCGGUGUGGGCGAGUCGUUCGUCAACAUCGAUGUCCAGCACCCGCCGCCUUCGCUUUUGUCCUUCCUUGAUAUAUUACACCCAAACUCGCCACAAUACACAAGCGCAGAAAGUGCAGAAAUGAUAGCGGAAUUCUGUCGUGCCAUCCUCGACUCCGCACAUUGGCCUCUUUCCACAUCGGACAAAGUCAUGGACGCACUACACGUAGCGAGGAUGCUGCCGAGAAUGAACGCGAUAGUGUGCAUCGCUGGCUCUGUAGGUUCUCGCUACAUCAUGAUUCCCGAUGCGAUUAGUCAGAUGCUGCCACUCAGCGACUUAUCCAGUCAUGGAAUCGAACGUCCUCUCGAUGCGAGCGAGCUAUACGGCGUCCUUGACUUCAUAAAUUUCUAUUUGUCCCAUGAUGGCGACAAAGUUAACUUUAACAUCCACCUCUGGGACCGCUUGACAGGACCGUCGGUCAAUCCACCGAAUAGAACCCCGGCACACAACCGCUUCUUUGUCCCC